AUGCAGACCCUACGACCCAUCUCCCACUUCGCUACUGCCAUUAACCAAACCCUGCUCUUCGCAAGUCGACAAGCAGUACUACGAACAACCCACCAAGCCAAGCCACUUCAACAACAGCAUCAUCGCACCUUCGUCACCAACCCCUUCACACCGAGCCCGCAAUCCCUAACAGCAACGCGCACUUUACAAUACCCAAGCAAACUCAUCUACGCCAUCAUCUCCGACGUGGGCUCAUAUAGCACUUUCCUACCUUAUUGCCAAGAAAGCGUCGUCACAAAACACUCACAACCUGCUUCAGAUGGGAAGGAAUAUCCCGAGGAGGCGACGUUGGUAAUUGGAUUUAAUAACGAUGUCAGCGAGAAGUUCACCUCGAGGGUGUAUUGUAUACCUGAGCAAGUGGUCGAGGCGGUGAGUGGAGAGGCGGAGACAACACUUGAUCCGAAGGAUAUUGCACACCAUAGUCCACGGUCACAGUCCACAUCGUCAGACGCGAGCAGGGCCAACUCAAAAAUCUCCUCGAUAUUAACGAGAUGGACACUGAAACCUUACCCGUACAAACCACCACCUCUUUCCGCUCUACAUCCCGAUACGGCACAUAACAACCACAAUGAGACGAGCGAGAUACCGAGUCAGGAGAGGACGGAGGUAAAUCUCACUAUCGAUUACCAAUUCGCGAAUCCGAUGUAUGCUGCUCUUAGUGCAGCAGCGGCGCCCAAGAUCGCGGACAAGAUGAUUGAUGCGUUCGAGAAGAGGGUGAGGAGUGUGAUUGAGGGACCGGGAAACACGCAAGAUAAGGGAAAGGCAUUCGAGGGUGUACUGAGGUCGAAGUAA